AUUAUGAACUGUAACAUCCCAUUUUGAAAAACACACCCGUUCGAACUGUGGCUCCCCCCAUCUGCUCCUUGCUCCCAUCCGCGACCACCGUCCCGCGUGGCUCCGCCGUGGUUCCGGUAGACUUUCCCUUCCCCAAUCGAAGUGUUCCGACCGAGCUUUCUCCGGCGACAUUUCUCUCGACCGAGCUUCUUUGAAGUGGAAAAUUUCAUUGGUAAGAAACGUUUAUUCAGCCAUUAAUAAAGAAAGACUUAAGAAUUCGCGAGGAACUUGUUGCCGAAGCAAUGGAGAAAAGGCCUGAACUUGGUGGCAAUGCAUCAUCGUCUUCUUCAACUGGAAUUGGUUCAAGGUUUUCCAAUUUGAGCAAGUCCUUCAAGUUUGCUCUCCGUUCUUUGCUCACUUCAUGCUCAAAGGAGGAAUUUUGUAAAGCAUUUUCAAGUUUUACCAGCAAUGAAAAAGAAUUGCUCCAUCGCCUAUUUCUUCAGGUCAUUACUUCUAUGCAUGAAAACAUUGAGGAUGAGUUUGAGAAAAUCUGUCUUCACACACAGGUGGGAAGCACUCUUGACGCUGUAGAGGAAAUUGUGGAAGAACAAGAUAUGGAUCUCUUGUUCUCAAAUAGGAGUAACAUAAUGGAUGUUGCUGAGAAUCUGUCUGCAGCAAAGAAGAAUGAAAUCCAACACUUAAUGCAUAUGGUGCAAUUGGGGGAGGAACAGAACCAACUGACUCGUGACCGGUUACAACUCCUUAGAGAAGGCAAUCAAGUCUUGGCUGGUGCUUCGCAGGCUGUUGAGAAGUUUAGGAGCAUGAAUUCAAAUUAUGGAACGAACAGCCAUGAUGGGAUCCGUGAUAUGUAAUGUGGCCAGCGCACGCUCUCCUGUAAAUUCACAAAAGUUUCAUCCCCUGGUGAACCAUAAUUUGUAUGUUGUCGCAAUGCUUCUGAAGAUUCAAAUAUUCACAAGGCAAUCUUAGUAAAGAAGCACCUUUGUGUGGGAUCAGUAUUAGGGCUUCUACAUUUUGUGUGGCUUUAAGGUUCGUUGGAAGUAGUUGUAGUAGUUGUCCUAAAAUUAUGCACUGCCUUUUGUAAGCUUUGUAUUUAUGUUUAUAUGACACUCACUAACAAUAUUAGUGAAUAUGAUGGAUUUCUUGUCCAUCCUCUCUAGAACUUUUAAAA